AUGGGGCCUCAUCCAGACCGCAUAUCUACUGGGCGUCUGUACACCCCAUUGCGUCCUGUAGACCCAGCAGAAGACGAAGACAUUGAGGCGCUGUCGCGAGAGUUUGCUGCUGCUUCUCCUGCUGCACCAUCUGCAGAUCCUAGGAGUCUCCCUUCCCCAGAUGCAGCAGCAGCAGCAGCAGCUGCUGCUGCAGCAGCAGCAGCAGCAGCACACAGUCAUUCCAGUGGGGGGCAUGGGGGUAUUGGUUCGUUCUCUUCGCGUUGGCAGCAGCAGCAGCAGGAGUUGCCGGGCAGCAGAAGCAGCAGCAGCAGCAGCAGCAGCAGCAGCGCCGGAAUAUCUCCUUUUGAAAUAUACACCCCUUUAGGGUCUUCUUCUGCUGCUGUUAGUGAAAGGGUGUUGGAGACAGUAGAAGGAGGGGCUCGGUUUCUUGCUGCUCCUAUACCUUCUGCUGCAGCAGCAUCAUCUGCAGCAGCAGCAGCAGCAGGGAGACACCGCCCGGGCGUUUCAUUUGAUAGAGCAGGGGGUGUCUCCUUUUCAAGACAGGAGACAGCUGCACUGCAGCACCAGCUGAGCAGCAGUCCAGCAGCAGCAACAACAGCAGCAGAGAGACAGGAGGGACAGCUGGGGACAGACUUCAUGAAGACUGUUCCUCAAGCAGCAGGUGUGCCUCUAAAUGCUACAAGAAGAGGCGGCCGACGUGUUUGUUUGGUGGGGUUGUUGCUGCUGCUGAGUGUUGCAUGCAGAUGGGCUUGGGGCUGGCGUAAGGAGACAGUAUACACUGGAGAGGUGCCGCUAGAGACAGGAAAAGAUGUGUCUCUAAACCUUAAAAACUGCAGCUUACGUUUCUUAUCCACAGAAGAAGACAGCAACAGCAGCAGCAGCAGCAGCAGCAGCAGCUACCUGAGGGUGCGGGCGUGGCUGCAGCAGCGGUCUCAAGCACAAGCUAAUCUACCUGUGCUUCGUAGAGGAGCUGAAGGGACUGUACAUUUGCUGCUGCACAUGCAAGAGUUAAGCGACUGGUAUAGAUGCUCUGUUGAGGUGUAUGUACACCCGGAAUAUCGUUUCGGGAAGCUGGCGGUGUUUGCUGCACCUGCAGAUAGAUAUUUACCUGUCUCUUCUUCAGUACCCUUAAAAGGAGACAGUGUCUCCUUUGUCGCUCAUCAUGCAUACAUUCGGCUGCUAUCAGUUGAAGCCCCGCAUAUAUCUUUUACUCUUAACUCAGGCUUACUAAGCUUUUGCUUGGAUGGGCGGUCUGCUUCAUAUGGUAGAUCUCCUGUACAAGUGCUAACACGUACAGCUGAAGUACAUAUAGAGUCUUUAUAUCCUUUACGUAUGUCUAUGCGAGAAGAGACAGCUGCUGCUAGUCUCUUUAGAGCAACUGGGGGUGUCUCUGUCUCCUUUGCUGCUAAAAAGGAGACAGGAGACAGCAACGACGGAGAGAGAGAAGCAGUUGCUGUGCUGCACCCUGCAGAUGUCUCUUCACUCUUCUUGGGGUUUCUAAGCGUUGAAGUUAAUAUAGAAGCAGAAGAUUCAAGUGUAUAUGCAACAUCAAGAGGAGACAAAGAAGACUCACAAGCCCCACUGCAUGCAUGGGCAGGGAGACAGCAGCAGCAGAAGCCUCAUCUAGAUGAGUACUCACUGCAGCAAGUACAUACUGUAUUAGAAUCUUUAAGAGAAGAUGCUGCUGCUCCUUGGGUGUUAUUAAUAGAACAAGCAGGUCUAGCAGCAGCAGCAGCAACAACAGCAGCAGCAGGGACCUGGAGGAUCCUCAGCACUAAUGCAUAUCUACGAUCUGUCUCCUGGUUUGUUAUGCUCUCUGGGGGCAUGCUUAAACCAAGGGUUGUAAGACUGCCUCUGCAAGUAAGGGGUCUCUUCUGUAGAGUGCAUAUUGAUGAAAGAGACGAUACGCUUCCUGACAUUGUAACAGCAUCAGAAGAUUCUUUGCUGCAGUCUCUUAUUAAAUGGAUUAGCCCUAAGGAGACAGUUGUCUCCGUAGGAGACAGGUUGCAUGCUUUCCUCAGCAGAGACACCCCUCAACAGACACAACAUACAGCAGAUCAAACAGACAUAUCAAUACCCCCAAACCCUAACACACAAACAAAAUAUCAAACCCUAGCAGGAAACAAACCCGUGCAGCAGCAGCAGCAGCAGCAGCAGGGCGAGGAUCAUCCCCAGGCACUGUCUCCUGCAGUAAAUGCUGCAGCGAAAGACAAUUCAGGCGAUCCCAAUGCAGAGACACAGGCUGCGAGACACUUGGUCUUUUGUAGUAGCGAUAGCAAUUAG